GGGUGUAAACCAAAUGUCAAGCUUGCAGUACGAUACCUGCAAAAGGCAGCAGAAUCUGCAGUUUCAGAUCUUCACACCUCAAUGGCCGCAAAUCCAAGUAUUGCCCGUCAUGAAUUGGUGCUGGCGAUUUACGAAUUAG